AUGACUUUUGAUUUAAGAAACUUUGUCAUAUUAUUGUUCCUAGCAGCAGUAAUUGUCGGGCUUGGGAACUUGGAGGCAAUGUCUGAGGAAAAUCCUCAAAAUCCAGCAAACGCUAAUCUUGCUCAAGCAUUCGAGGAUUGGAUAAUCGAGUACAAGCCCGUUUACUCAAGUAAUGAAGAAAAGGAGAGACGUUUUGCCUACUUCAAGAAGUCGUUUGAGUCUGUGGAGAAUUUCAAGGAGUCAUUCAACCUAUUUGCUGAUCGUAGCGACGAUGAAAAGUCUAAGCCCUGUUUCUUGCCAUAUGUUGGAAAAGAAGAAAUUAAGGAAGGAGAUGGUAUCAAAAGAACCUGUGACAUUGUCAAGGAAAAAGGAGAUGGUCUAGAGAUCAAUGCCUAUGCAAUGGUGAACCCGAGGAAUGAGGACCAGCUCGCCUAUGCUCUCUGCGAACAACCAGUAGUGGUCGGGAUCGAUGCCCACGGCACUAACUUUGAACAUUACAGAGGCGGGAUAUAUCGCUCGGAAUGUGGCACAGACAUUAACCAUUUGGUUUUACUUGUUGGGAUGCGGAUCGACAAAGCUACCAAUGACCAGUAUUGGAUACUCAAGAACUCGUGGGGUGAAAAGUAG